UUCAUCGGGCGUGUGAAGUGGGUGUGAUCUUCGAGUAUGUACUGCAACACACAGCCUGGCUGCACAGCUAGCAUCUUCGGUCAACACGAAUAUAUAAACCCAUCCGACUUACUUGACCAAGUCGAGAGAGGUUGACGAUAAGACAGAAGACCAUCGAAACGAAAGAAGAACAAAAAAAAAGAUGAAGGCCGACCAUCAACAUCAGCUUUCUGAUCCAUCCCAGUGGAACGCAAGUCUGGCAGAACUCCCAGCUAGACAAUCUGAAGACGGCGUCAUCCCGGCGUUUUUCUUUGCGCACGGCUAUCCAAGCGUAGUCUUCCAAAGCGAAUCGGCCGCACGUCGAGGCUUGCAAAGUGUCGGAGGCCCGCUGCACAAUUUCCUGAAAGACUUUGGCCCGGCACUGAUGGAGAAGUACCGGCCGAAAGGGAUCGUCGUCUUCUCGGCACACUGGGAGUCGCCGUCGAAGGAGAUCAAAGUUACGGAUUACGGAGAUGACCAGCCCCUCUUGUAUGAUUACUACGGCUUCCCACCCGAGUUCUACAAAGCUCGAUGGCACUCAAACGGUUCGUCUGAGCUGACCCAGCGGGUCCUUGCGUGUCUGAAGGAGGCCGGUAUGGAGGCAUCCCGAACGACAAGGGAUGAGCCGCGGGGACGAGACGGCCUGGUGGGCCCGGCCCCCGGCUUGGAUCACGGCGUAUUCAUCCCUUUCAUGCUGAUGUUUCCUGAAGGGAACGAGAAAGCAUUCCCGAUACCUGUCGUUCAAGUCUCCAUGGACGGCUCGCUGGACCCGGAACGAAACAUCCAAUUAGGCCAAGCGGUCGCUGCCCUGCGCCGUCAAGGCAUCUUGAUCCUUUCGGGUGGCGUGACCAUCCACACCUUCGAAGAUUUCCAUGAGUGGCAAUUUGAAUCCUCUUCGGAAGCAGUCAAACAAUUCGAGCGUGAAAUCAUCAACGCUUCGUUGAAAGAACCCACUUCCGAGAGAUUCAAAAAAAUGAUCGACCUGACCCAGCUGGAAGGAUUUCGAAAAGCGCACCCCCGAGAGGAUCAUUUUAUCCCGAUCUAUAUUGCCGCUGGAGCUGGUAGCGAUCAAGGCUCGACGAAGGUCAUCAGUGAUAUACAUGGAUGUCAAACUAUUGCAUUCGGGGUUGUCUGAGAGCGUGCCCCUUGUGUAUUUUUAAAUGCGGCUGUUUGGAUUCCGAAAAUUCUCUCAUUGUACCUUUUUGCACCCCAACAGAUCAUUUCAGUUUCUGUUUUCUCAGUUGUUGUAAACCUAUUUAUGGUCUCAAACUGCUUUUACAUUACAUCAAUCAUCCUACCAGUUCACCCUUUUCUCAAGAACAUUUGAUCCAUUCCUCCCUCUUAGUAUCAUACACGGACAGUUAAUUCUUUUGCGUAUGCGUUUAUUUAUAUAAUUUUGGGCAACUGAAUCUUCAGUUGAACAAUUAAACCCCCCCAGGAAUUUCUCUCAUUUGACCUGGUUUGUAAACGCACCUCCCAGAGGAACAACUUCUACCAAAGCAUGGAAUCAC